GUUAUUUUUGUUCUUUUUUUUUUUCUGUUUCUUGUACAUCGAGACAACGUAAAAAUGAUUUGAAUUUUGUUGGAAUUAAUUUGUGGCCAAUAAUUCAGAGUCAAUUGUUAUGAAAUGAAUUCAAGUAUUUGUCCCACACGGAAAUGUGUGAAUAUAUUUUGAAAAAAACCUUGAAAAUAAUAACAUUCAGUGUGUGUGCAUCAAGCGUAUAUGACGCCUUUCCGUAUAGGUGUAUGGAAAAUUUUGAGCUCUAUUUUACAGAAAAGAUGAAAACAGUUAAAAAGUGACCGAAAUGAUUGCAUAAAGUGAGGCAAAGAGUAAAUGGGAAGGGAGUCACUUCCAAUCUCUGACAAUAACAUCAAAUGAGCCUAAUAAAGGCCAUUUAUCGAUGUGUACUGAAAAUAUUACCUAAAAGUGGAAAAUCAUACGGAAUAAUUUAAUCAUAUUUAAUAUAAGAAAGUCUAUGCGUUUCGAUUGGCCUUUUGCAAGUGUGAGUGUGUUGUGGUUAUUUUUUGCAUACAGCUGUGAUUUACGGAUCAAUUUUACUUUUUUAAAAAUAUACAGAGAUCAAUAAAACAUUAUGUCGAAAUUUAUGAAUCGUCCCCCGCCAUCGGUAAUGUCAACCGCAACGCUGACAAAUAGCUCAACGUAUGUGGAAAAAUUGAUGAUUGGGCUGGAUCAUGCGCCACCCAGUUUUGAUUUACGUACCCAAAUAAUUGGAGUUGGUGGAGCGAAUUUAAUUUACAUCACAAAUGAAACUGGUGCAAUUGCAACGUUACGUGGCCGUGGAUCACAAUUUAAUGAUCCCGUUUUGGGCAUUGAAUCACCCGAACCAAUGCAUCUUUAUAUCGAACAUACACGAUUGGAUGCACUUCAAAAUGCAAAACAACUAGCACGAAAUCUGAUCGAAACGUUGCAACAAGAAUUGGCACACUUUCAGCAACUAAAUCCACCUGGAUCGGUUCCAACAUCGGUGUCAGCGUCCGUUCAGAGUAUACAGUAUUCACAACAGCCAGUUCAAAAUAUGCAGGCAACACAUACACAGGUGAUAUCAACACAGCCGGUAAUACCACAAAUACAAAUGUCCGUUCCGCCGCCAAAUAUAAUACAGCAUCAACCACCACCGUCAAUUCAAAAUGUUGAGCAAAUGACAACGUUGAAUGCACCGUUAGUGCAGCAAUCAAAUAUCGUUUCACAAAAUACACCAACAAUGGUAACAGCGCAACACAAUCAGCCACAAUUAGUACAGCAGCAAAUUUUAUCCGGAAAUAUGGUGAUCCAACAACCGAUCCAAACCAGUUUACCGACAAAUUUGAAUGUGCCACCGCCCAAUAGCAUUAUAUCGAUGAAACAAGGGCACAUUGUACCAUCACAAGUUCAAUUAUCACAACCACCUCCGAAUAUUCAUUUACAACAACAGCCCACGCAAAUUGUUCUAAAUCAACCGCCAACAAAUUAUCAGUAUAUUCAACAGGCACCACAAGAUGCUGGCCAUCAACAAAAUGUAACCAUUCAGCAUAUAUAUCAAUCUCAAGGGAUUGUACAACAAACACAGCCGAUAAAUACAUUCACCACGCAACAAACCACAGUACGACCGCCUUCGCAACAGUAUAUCCUCCAAACAAAUACACCAUAUCCAUGCAUAACGGCUGUUCCACCGCCAAAUAUAAUACAACAUCAACCGCCACCCAUGCAACCAGUGCAGGCACAACAACAAAAUAUUAUAUUUCAAACAGCUGGACAAAUUCCAUUACAACAACUACAAUUUCAUCCACCACCAAAUAUCGUCGAGGCACAAACAAAUCCAAUCACAUCAAAUGAUAAUGAUGCGGAUAAUAUUGUCGGUGUAAAAGAUGAAAAAUCCAGUCCCGAACCAAAUGACAUUACACGACCCGAAGAGAAGGCCGACCCGGAAAAUCAUGAAGAAAAUGUUCAAGCAAAUGGUCCAAAUAUUUCAAUGCAAAUGCCACCACCGAUUCGAUUCACAUCGACGCCAAUAAUGACCGUACCACCACCAAUUAGUUGUGUACAGCACAUUGUCGGAAAUACGCUUAUCACAUCAACACAACCAACUGGCACACAAACUCAUCAGAUUUAUAAUCCGGUUUCAUUGCAACAAAUUCAAGCGGCAGCACCGCCUGGCCAACAACAAAUUCAUGUCUCAUCACCGGGUCAACAUUUUCUUGUUAAUGCUCAAUAUCCACAGCAAACCUUUCAACAAGUUCAACAAGUACCACAAAAUGUACAAAGUUUUCAAUUAACAACAGCAUCACAAGCCAGAUCCGGUCCAAAUGAAAUUGUAAUGGUUAGCAAUCAAGCAAUAAUCGCUCCGGUCAACCAAACAACUGCACAACAACCGACAAGAAUAUUCAAUCCACACUUGGCUCCGCCUACAGUUACUGGAAUGUCUGUUCAAUUUCAACAAGUAAUGCAGCCACAAGUGGUUGAAAAUACACAAAUUAUAGAUCAAUCGCACCAAUCGAACUUCCAAACACAAAUGCAUCAACAACAGAUCAACGAAAAUCAACAGAAAUUAAAUGGUAUACCUGUGCCAUAUCCACAACAGAUGGAAGACUCACGCAUGGGAUUGAAACGGAAACGAAAUGGAGAUGACGACCAUGGACCACCAAAACAUUUAUUGCCACGAAUGGGCAUGGGAUCGAAUAAUGGUGGAACACAGCAACACCUGCAGCAGUAUGCUACGAUAAACACAACAAACAGUGGUUUAUCGUUGGCUUCAACUCCAGUCACAGUGACCACUACUAACACUCAAGAUGAGCAUCCGAUGUCAAACAAUUUCAAUCACUUUAAUCAACGCAUGGGAAACGAUAACGAGCAAUCGGAAACACGGGCUGUGUUUUAUCGUAUGCCACCCAAUUCAUCGGCACCGCCGAAGGCAAUGCAGUCGAAUUCACAAUUGAUGGGAGGAAUGCCACCACGCGGCCCACACAGAUACAAUACAAAUAAUAACCCUGGAAACUUUCCGAUGCAUCGCAUAAAUUUUGGUCCACCACCACCACCGCCGCCACUUCCAUCACGGCCCCCUCGAUUUUCAAAUCGUUGAUGAUUUCGUGUAGGAUAACAUUGAAACGAUCGUUAAGAUCUAUAUUAGAUCUUAUUUAACGUAACUGAUAUUAUUGAAUAUCAUUAGAUCUCUCGCUAUUCAGUUGGAAAAUGAAUAACUACAAUGUAGCAUCGAGAAAAAUAAUGAAGAGUAAAGCAGUUUUUUUACCAUAUUUUAAAGCAAAUUCAGUAAACUUUAUAGCAUAAAGAGCUGAACUAAGUUUUUUUUAUAGAACUAAGACAGAUAAUUAUAAUGCCUAGUGAUUAAAAAUUGAAAUAAAAAAAACUACAGUUAUUUGAA